UGCUUGUUAGUUAUUAUCUUAUUCUCAUGAUCUGUGAUUACUGAAUAGUAUAGUAAUAGUAAUAGUCUAGAAUCUAGAUAAAAGUAAACUUCAAAGUCAAACAAUUUAAAAAUGAUAUUGUUAAGUGUGAUGGAAGCUGAUGAUUUCAAUACUUUCUGGAAUUAACUACCUUCAUGCUCAUUAUUUUAGAAAUUCUAGAUGCCUCAUUAUGUUAACGAAAUCCUUGAAGGUUGGCGAUUUUAAGCAGUUGCCAUUAGCUUAGUCAUCAGUGAUUAAUAAAUUGCCUUCAGCCUGUCACAGCUGCUUAGGUAAUUCCGAGUAUUCGACCAAGUUUAAUUAUUAAACACAUAUAAAUAAAAUGAGUGAAAUCAUCAGUUUAUCCAAAACAAUUGGUAUUUGGAUAUCUGAAAAAAAAAGUCAUAAACUUAAUUGGAAUGAAUUAGUAAAUGUUUGCCGGCGUCACGGAUAUAAUCUAAUAAAAUUAAAUUUAGAUCAGCCUAUUGAGGAACAAGGCAAUUUAGAUGUUUUUCUACACAAAUUGACAGAUAUAAUAGCUGCAUCAGACCAAGGUGAUUCUAAAGCUUCUAGUAUUAUUGGAAGAGUUGAGCAAUACAUAUCAAAUCAUCCUAAUGUUACUAUUAUAGAUCCCUUAAACAAUGUGAGAAUUUUGUUAAAUAGAUAUACAUACUAUUCAAUUAUACAAGAAGAGAUCUCUCUACAAAAAAUAGGUGUUUUCACACCAGCAUUUGCUAAAUUCACAACAAAUAACAUAGAACAAAAUAUUGAGAUAAUGAAACAGAGAGGAGUAACAUUCCCAGUUAUAUGUAAACCAACCUUAGCACAUGGGUCAAAAUUAGCCCAUGAAAUGAUUUUGGUUUGCAAUCAAAGAGGAUUAAAUGUAUGCAAACCACCCUGUGUUGUGCAAAGUUUUGUUAACCAUAGUGCUGUUUUGUAUAAGGUUUUUGUUGUUGGUAAUAGAUAUCACAUAUGCCAGCGGCCCAGUCUAAAGAAUUUUUACCCAUCGGAUGAUAUGGAACCUAUUUACUAUAGUACUGGUGAAGUAAGUAAAGCAUGCAGUCAGUCAACACUUUCUAUUCUAGACCCAAAUGAAGUCCAAUCAGAAAAAGCCAUUGACGAUGAUAAAGUAAGAAUGAUAAUCAAAGUAUUGAGAAAGAGAAUUGGGUUAUUACUCUUGGGAUUUGACAUAGUGAUUGACAAUUGGACAGGUAAUCAUGCAUUAAUAGAUAUAAAUGUUUUUCCGAGUUAUGAUACAUUUCCAAAUUAUUUCGAAAAUUUAUUAGAUUGUAUUGAAGAGAAUGUUAAAAAUAAUGAAAAUAGGUUUAAUGGAUUGAUUAAUGUAGGUUCUAAUUCUAUUCAGUGUGGAGUGACAGGAAUGAAUAUUAAUUAAGAUUAUAUUAUAUUAAUUAAGAUAGAUCCUACAUGAAGCAAUCGGCACAAAAUUUGUGCUGUUAUAAUUAAUUGUUUUUGGAUUAAAAUGCGUGUACCUAAUAUGUGGAUUAUUUUAUUAUCAGCUUUUUUGCCAUUAAGAUAGAGAGGGUUGGAUUUAUAAAUCAAUAGCUCGAAUUUGAUCAGACUGAGUAUGUAGGAGUCUCGGGGGACCUUCAUUGGGACCGUGCGAUUUGGAGUAAUUUAUGCUGCCAGAGUUGCAUCUAAGUAUUUAAUAUUUUUUUUGAUAUUUUGUGCAAUAUAGAGAAAUUUGUAAACAAUCUGCCAUUUUAAACUUUUCUAUUGGUUACAAGAGAUGUGACAUUCUGCAUAUAAGUAGUUUUUUUAAUUAAUCGAUUGCUUUUAGUAUGAAAAAUCGAUGAUAAUAAAUAAUUGUUAUAUUCAAAAAGUACCCAAAACCGAAUCAGAGCACCCCACUAUCCAUGUGGUCUUGUCUGCCCUACCCCUAGAGUGUAUAUAAAAAAUCGGAGGCUCGGAGGAAGAGCAGCCCCCACACGCAGUAACAAAGCACUUUGUUACGCAAGGGUGGAGGGGCUGUCCAAAAAACUUUUAAUGUAUAUUAUUCGGUUAGGUUAGGUUAGUAUAUAAAUAUAUUUUUUUAAAUAUUGUUACAUACUUCUAAAAAAACUCAGAUUUUCAAUUAUUUUUAAAAAUUAAUAUCGCUCUCAAAAAUCGAUCAUUAUUUUUUCACAUCCCUAUUAAUAUUAUAAACGCAAACCGCCAUUUCGGAUUUUGUUAGAACAGUAUGUGAUAAGUGUUACAGUGCGGAUUAUCUGUCAAAAUGCCGUUACUUUUUACAUAAAGUGCGUUAUUUUAUUUGCAUUUUUUUUUAACUUGGUAAACUAUGCUUGGUAAACGACCGGCUCAUGUGGAUGACUGAGGACCAUGGGCCCAGUAAAUGUUAAGUAAUAUGUUAUUGGUUUUUUAUUAUUUUUUUACUUAAAUAACUGUUUCUGAUACUUGAAAUUGGUUGGGGGUGAUAACUUUAAAGACUCCAAAAUCGAGCUAUUGAUUUCUAAAUUUUUACCGAUAGAGGCUUUAUAUAUACUAUAAGAUGGUAUGAACUAUAUUUUGGCAUGUGUUUUAAUACAAAAAUGUAUUAUUCAGACUAACGCAUUUUUGCAUUUGUAAAUACGAAAAGUAUUAAUUUGUUAAUAUUAUGGGCACUUUUUACAUGCCUUUGUUUUCUGGUUUAAGUCAAAAUGAUAUUUUUUUAAAUUUGCGUGCUUUGAUUUAAUACUAUUCGCUAAUCCCAUAAUCUGAGGUUUACUGUAUCUCUCUCAUAUUUUGUAAAUUAUUAUGACGUUAUAAAUACUAAAUAUUAAUUUUGAAGUAAAACAAAAAAUACAUUAUUGUAUUUUAUAUGCGAAGUUUCUCAAAAUUUAGUUAAAAGUCCUAGAGUAAUUACACCCCUUAUUUCUAUAUUUAGUUUAGAAUACCUAUUUGACAGUACUCAAUAAGAAAUUGUAACUUGAGAUACCCAUUGGUAUAUGAGUCAUUCUUACAGUAACCCAUAAAAAAUCAUCAAAAAUCAAGUAAAUCCAUAAAAAAAUUAAGUCGGUCUAUUAAACUUUUAACUAACAUUUUAUGAAAUUUAAGGCUAAUUAGAACUGGUGGAGUUUUCUGAUAUACCACAUUUAUAAAGAGAACUAAUUGGAAUUGAUAUUAUAUAUAAACAGUGUGAGAUGUCAUAAUUCUAAAUAGCUAGAGUUUUACUCAGUCUUACUAUAUAUAUAUAUAUAUAGGUGUAAAUAAAUCAUACUCAUGAUUUUUUAAAUGUUUAUAAUGUACGGUGAACACGAAUCCCUGUAAUAUUUCAUCGAUAAAUAUUUCUCUAAGGCUACAACAUCUAAAUACAAGUCGUAUCCAAUUGCGCAUUUGUCAGGCGGUCGUUCUAAAUUGACAAAUGACAGUCGAAAUUCUAAACUCUAAUAAUACGAAAA